CCCUCCCGUCCCGCUGUGCCACCGCCCCCGGGCGGGGGGAGCCGCCUGCCCGGCCCAUAAAGGGCAGCAGGGCCCCGGCAGUGCUCGCUGCGGAGCGGAGACCAUCGCUGCCUGUCCUGGAACACGCAGGCUCCUCCCGGAGAAAGCCGGAUUCCCCGUCGAGUCGCUGCCAUGGCCGCCGUCCCCUCCAUCGGCUGCCUCCUGGCCAAGAACCAGUACUACCGCAGAAGACUGAACUCGGAAUCCAGUGUUUCUUCCAGCUCCUCCAGCUGUUCGGAUGCUGUGAACAUCACAGACCAGGAGAAAGAAUUGCACGGGUUACCAGAGUUAACUGAUAAAUAUUGGUGGAUAAAAAGCUUCUUCCACAGUGAACCCUCUCCACCAACUGUUGGCAGAAAAACACUCUCAGCAAGCAGUACCAACAGUUGAAAAGGACAGCGUGAUGGCUUUUCUGACUGAGAUGCUACCUACAGACUUGUUUUUCCAAGAGGCUUGGGGUCUUAAUGUCUGGGUUCAGCUGCCAGAAGAAAACAAAACCUUUAGGAGAGUCGAAAAGUGAAUUUUCAAAAUAUUUGUCAGUAGCUAAAAUGAUAUUGCUUAAUGGACAUAUCCAUGGCCUAUCAUGUGUUCUUUCCAGAUUUGCCGUAAUUUGUGAUGUCUCUAUAAUGGAGGUUUCCAGGAGUAAACAUCCUGAUGACUUACUUCAAUAAUUAAUGAAAAGUGACAGUAAAAAUAAGGUGUGGGAGGAAGAUGUGUGUUGAAUGACUGUGCAAUAGGUGAUUCAGUUAAGUUGCCUUCAAGAUACCAGCUCUAUAGGCAGUCACAUAGAUGUAAACAAGAUUCAGAUCUAUAAUCCAGAGUGGGACUGCUGUGUGGCACAUGUCUUUUAUCAGUAUUUGUGUACCAGUUACAGGGUGUAACUCUUCAAGAAUGCUUGUCAAUGUUUUUUCUUUUAGAAAGCCCAAUUAUAUGGACAAGCAAUAAUCAGUUUGGUUUCUUUGAUCAAGCAGAGUGAACGAUCCCAACUUCAAAUACCCAGGUACCACUUUCAUUCCUCCCUAUGUGUGCUGGUAUUUGAGGACAGAAUAGAGGAGAUGCACGAGAAACUAGUAAUUGAAACCAGUAAUCCUAAUGGAAACUGAUCUCUUCCAAGGAGAAGAGCAACCUUAAUCAGAGUUGAUACUUUUAGUUUAGAUUUCGUCUGCCUGCUUUGUUGUGGCUUAAAGAUCUACUUGUUCCUAAAUGAUAAAUUCUAUCAAUAUUCUGCUGUCUGUCAGAUUAGUUAUGAGGGCUAGAUCUGGCAAAGGAUUCCACUCAAAGUAAUCACAUUAUUGUUGUUAUCCAAGUGGACCUUUGUCAUGCUCUCGAAAGGUACUGGAACAUUGCAAUGCUGAAGACUUAAUGAAGCCAAUUAGUAUAACAAUUAUUUAUUCUACUGGGCAUGACUGAAGUGCAUCAAGGAUUAUGGAAAAUAACAAGUAUUUGGCUGAAUGAUAACAUUUGUGGCAAGUAUCUAUGCAACUUUUUGAUGUACUAUCAUUAAACCUGCUGGAUAUUUGUCCAUCACUGGAUGAACUAACAGUAGCAAACAUUAACGUAGCCAACAUCUUUUUAUUAAAGGUUAAUGGUUGUCACGGUUAUGCAUAACUCCAAAAUGUAUCAAGUGGCUGCUUCAGGGAGUUUGCAGUCUUGGUGGAGGCAAUAAAUGCAUGGCAGAUGACAACAGAAUAGAGCACAAUUCUGAAAACAUGAUUUCAAGGGUCUUUAAAUUGACUUGUGUCUUACUUUACGGCUAUUGUAAAGUUUCAUCUUUGUUCUCUAAGUGUACAGAAUGACUUUUUUAUACUAAGAUUUUUAUAUAAUAAAGAAUCAAUAUUUUGUCUGA